UCUAAGCUAUACAUCAGUCAGAUGCAUGCUAUAGAAGAUUUUGCUCUUAGUCUGAGAUACCCUAUAUACCUCCCACUUUAUAGACAUAGAAAUAUUAAAGAGAAAGUAAUAUUUGGAAAUGACAUGUUAGACUUGAAUAAUGUUUUCCUGCUCAGUUUUAGAAUUGACACUUCUUUUCGGAUGCCUGAAGAAGUUUUUGAAGAUCCUGAAGUUACUGGAAAGAAUCGCUAUAAAUAUUUUGAGAGACCUUUUCUUCCAUUUUAUCAACAGAUACCAUUCAGUGUUGUUUAUGCAGCAACCAGGACAGAACCUUAUACUUUUCCUCGUGCUCCUACUAAGUACCCACCUAUCCCUUCCAAGUGUACUGUGGGCACUCAGACUGAUUAUCGGGAUGGCGAAGUCCAAACAGAUCCGUAUUCUCCAGAAUACGUAGUAUGUCAAGAUUCAAUUCCUGAGCUCUUGACGCUGGCUUCUCUUACUUGGGGUCGAGGUCUCCCUGCAGGACAAGUGGAGGUAGAGAUGAUAGAACGGGCCCGGGAGAAGCGCGCGUGGGAAGCCACACUUCCCUCUCCGCGUGACACCUCCCAGCUGGAGAAGAGGAGGAGGAUGAUGAAUGCAAUGGAGAGGAAGGAAUGGGCCUUCAGAGAGCAGGAAAUUGAAAAACUGCAGGAGAUUCGCCUAGAAGUUCUAAAAGAGCUGUUAAAGAAGCGUGACAAGAACCAAAAUGCAGUGAACAUGAAGCACUUGAAUGCCCAAUGGUCUAAACUGCAGGCAGCAAAGGAGGCCAAACUGGCAAAAAUCCAGCACGCACAUGCAUCGGCAAUCAGAAAACUUGAGAGAAAAGGGAAGAAUGUAGAAGGGAAGUUGGAGAGAAGAAAUAUCAUCAGGGAUUAUUCUGAUUAUGCGUCACAGGUCUAUGGACCUCUAUCUCGCCUUGGUCGCUUCCCAGACAAUAACUCAGAGGACUUUGUUGUAAAAAACCAUUAUCUCAACACUUAUGAAGGAUUAGUUGAACUUGAGUCAUCCCUCCCUGAUUUUGUCACGCAACCCCGAAUCAGACCUCUAAAGCCAAAAGUUACUACCACCAAAGCUGGUUUUCUAAAAAGGGGAGCAAGGUUGGACCAUGAGUUGGCAGAGAUUCAUAAGGAAGAAGAUAUAGAAAUGGCUGUGAUCUACCUUCAAAAAUUACUCCGGGGUAGAGUUGUUCAGAACAUGAUGUUUGAAGGGAAAGAAAAGCGACUGGAAUUGAUCCAGGAGCUGCGCACCAGCCACGCACUGCAAGAAGAUGACAGGCUGGUGCAGAAAGCCGAGAAGCAGGCGAUCCUGGCCUUACAGCGGCAGAGGGACUUGCAUGAGCACAAGGUGUUGCUGGUUGAAAACCAUUUGGCUGGGCUGGAAGGAAGCGUGCUGGCAGAUAUGUUUGACUUUCUGUCCAAGGAGCUGGUGAGGCUACAGGAAGAGAGGAGGAUCCACGCCUUCGCCAUGCUGGCCGAGCGGCAGCGGCGGAUGCGAGAGGCCCAAGAGAGCGGUCGGCGGCAGGUGGAGCAAAGGCGCCUCCAGGAGGAGGACCAGAUAUUUAAGGAGGUGAUUAAAGUUCACAAAGGUACUGUAACUUCCUAUUUGGAAGACUUAAUACUGAAUACUGAAGAGAAUACUGCAGACGAGCAAGCCAGGGCAGAAAUUGAGAAGAUGGCUGAGGAAAUCAAUGACAUUGCUUAUGAAAUGGAAAGCCGUCGAACUCACCUUCAGUCAGAGGAAAUUGUCGCUGAGUUGGUUUAUAGUUUCCUAAUCCCAGAGGUGCAAAAAGGCUUUGUCAAAGAAAAAGGUGAUUAA